UUCAAGAUGGCGGAGACGGUGGAGUCUCUGACGGAAAUUACCGAAGUUGGCUCGCAAAUUGAAGAAAAUCCAGCGAUCCAGGAUGAAGAUCAGCGUACGAGACUGACACAGUUUCCUCAAACUAGAAUUCGCAAUAUGAUGAAAAUCGAUCCAGACCUUCAUUUGGCCAACAGAGAGUCGGUAUUUCUUCUAACCAGAGCCGCCGAGCUGUUUGUUGAUCAUGUUGCCAAAGAAGCGUACAAAAGAACAAUUAUGGGCAAGAGAAAAACAAUACAGAAAAAAGACCUUGAUACUGUUGUUGAUGAAAAUGAGGAAAUGGCAUUUCUAGAGGGUACCUUGGACUGAUCUUUGUGACUCAUCUUGCUAAGCGGCCAUCACUGAUCACUGAAUAUGAAGAAAGUAAUUAAAUUUUCAACAUCCAAAACAGAUGAAUGAUCAUGCAGCAGUUUUUGUGAUGGCAUUGUCGAUCAGAGAAUGUAGAAAUGAAGGGAGAUGCAUCACCCUCUAGUCUGGCUCAGGGCUCUAAAAAGUAUCUUAACCCUUCAACUCCCAAGAUCUGAUUGUUAAUUCUCUCCUCUAGCUGCUACACAUUUCCCUGUGAAUUGGUUACAAGAAUUUGGUGUUCAAUCAAGAUAAUAUCUUGUACCUGAGUAAUCUCACUACCUGUUUGCUGGAUAAUGUAUGGAUACUGUUGGGAGAAGUUACAUUUUAAUCACUACUGGGAGUUAAAGGGCUGAGAUUAUUGUCUUAUGAAUUUUAAUCAAAGUUUAUUCUUCAUGAAUAAACUUUGGUAACUUAGCUGCUGUGUGUUUGUGCUAACUGGCAAUACUCUAGCAGGCAGAGUUUAGUCUAGUCUGGGACCUUUGGACAGUUGAUGCCUCACAUGAAACAGUCUUUAAGAAGAAAUUAUGUGUCUUGUAUAGUGACUUUUAUAGUGUAACAGUUACACAAGAUGCACAGUCUUUUGUAAAAUUAGUAGAGGACCAGCAACUUUAAGUUCUGGUGACCCAAUAUGCACUUGUGAGAAUUUGCUUUUCAUUGAUUAAAUGCAAUUGAUGCAUACUUGGUAAGACUGCUUAGUAAUCAGCUGCAUCAUAGCAUCCUAUCUACUGAGUUUUGUCAUAAAAUUUUGUAAAUAAUGUAAUUUUAGUGUUUGUUAUGGUACGAAAUACAUCAAAGAACUAAA